AUGUCCAAUAAUCCUCCUGAAUUUCAUGAAGUAACUUUAACGUAUUCUAAUUCUCAAACAAUGGCUAUCCAUGCGUUACGCUUUCUUGUGCUUAUACUUUUUAUUAGCUUUGUUCAAUGUCGAAUUCUGAGACUCAACUCCUACGAUGAUUUAAUGUCAGAUGGAAUUGAUAAUGUUGACGAUAAAUCUCCUAUUCUUACUGCAAAUGUUUCUAUUUCCUCUGCACACACUUGUGAGCACCAAUAUGGCUUCCUACCAUGUGCAGAAAAUGCCGGAGGUUACAUUUUUCAAAUACUGAUUUAUCAGGGCAUACUCAUGUUUGGAGAAAAGGAGCUCAGCACGGGUAGCAGGGUGCUAUUUAAUAUUCUUGGCGCCAGCAACAUUGUUGGUAUUAUUUUCCGAAUCCUCGUGGGGUUACCAGCAAUAUUGAUUAUGAUAGUAUCUGGAGUUUUCAGUAGCAAAGAGGAUGCUCAAUCUAAGGUGUCACUUGGAGUGGGGAUUUAUGCUGGAAUUACUGUAUUUACUCUUACAGUGCAGUGGGGUGUAUGUCUAAUUUUUGGCAGGAGAAAGUUGGCACAGGAAUCGAGGUCUAGUCAUAAAAAAAUAGCGCAAACUAGUUCAAAUUGUUUGCUGGCCAAAGAAGUCAUCACUGAGUUAAAGGAUACUGGUGUUAUGAUAGACAAAGAGACUCGUCGUACAGCUGGGAUUAUGCUCUUGUCUUUGAUUCCUUACCUAAUCAUACAACUAGCUGAUAUCUUGAAAACAUCAUUUGGAGCCCAUUUAGUUAUUUUGAUAUCGCUCGUCAUGUCAUCCACAGCACUAAUAUUAUAUUUCGUUUACCAGGUUAUGAAUCCUUGGAUGCAGGAAAGAAGUUUAGCAUACACAAAGUACGAGACACUGAGAACAGGGUUUCUGAAGCACAUGCAACAACAGGGAAAUCUCAUUGAUGAACAUGGAAACCUUAAUGAUACUGUUAUCGGAAAUUUAUUUGCUCAAACGGAUAAAGAUGCCAACAAAAAUAUAACAAAGGGUGAACUGGAAAAGUUGAUGCAUGACUUAAUCAAUACAGGAGAGAUGAACGUUGACAAACAAUUUGCUGUUUCUGAAGUAAUGAAAGUAUUUGAUAUUGACCACGACGGACUAAUUAACUAUCAAGAAUUCUCCAACGGUUGCAAAAAAUGGAUUACUGAAACCAAACAGUCGACUACAAGUGGUGAUACCUCUUCAAGUAUUCCCAAGAAGAAAGAAGCUGAUCCCAAGAAGAGAUAUUUGAGAUGGUCGAAAAUUAUAGAGGAUGCUCGAAAGCAGUUACUUAAAUCAGAAUCACUUAUCACAGACGAUGGGAACACCAACAUUGAGGGAAUUAAAAAUCUAUUCAAGCAAGCUGAUACAGGCUAUAACAACGAGAUAUCAAAAACUGAACUAGAGCAACUAAUUCGCUCACUUAAUUUCGGAGAACUUCAGUUGAAUUAUGACGAUGCUGUAAAGGAGCUGUUCGAAGAUUUAGACAAGAAUGGUAACAAUGUGAUUGAUGAACAAGAAUUCAUCAAUGGACUAAUAGAAUGGGAGAAAAAAGCCCUUCCUGAUGCUAAACACUCGGAUGAGAAGGGAAGUAUUGAUGAAACUCAGCAGACUGUGAAGGAAAAACUAGAGCACGGAGAGUCAUCAGUAUGGACUUUUAUCAAAUCAGUAUUACAAGUGUUGCUGGGUAUUGUUACAAUGACCUACCUUGGAGGACCACUGACAACUAGUAUUCUACAAUUAUCCUAUUCCAUGAAUGUGCCUUCUUUCGCCAUGUCGUUUGUGGUAGUGCCAUUGGCCAUGAAUUGCAGAGCCGCGAUAGCAGCAAUCUCUCCAGCCAGUCACAAGAGUGAAACGAGUGCUUCUUUGACAUUUUCAGAGAUUUAUGGUGGAGUUGUAAUGAGCAACAUCUCAAAUUUGACAGCACUGUUAGCAAUUGUGUAUGCAAAGGAUUUGACUUGGGAUUAUUCAGCAGAAGUGCUGACAGUUUUGGUGGUGUGCGCCAUAAUAGGGUUUCUUGCAUACUCACGUACCAGUUAUCCUCUGUGGACUUGCUUAUUAGCAUUUUUCCUCUAUCCAUUCUCCUUAGGUUUAUUUUAUUAUGCUCAAUUUACUUUACGUUGGAAUUAAACCACCUGAUUAUGCUAAUCAUAAUUUUUUUCUUUCUU